AUAUGGCCGACAGUUGGUUGGGUCCCACAUGGUGGAAGACCUUCCCCUUCCCGUACCCCAGACUACCUUCCCCGUCUUCUCCCACUUCAACCUUUUCCUCCGCUAUGGCUUCAUUUCCUUCUCAGCAUCGCCAAUGUCGUUGUUCCUCGGAUGCUAACCCUACUCACCCGCAACCCGCAUUGCUCGUAUUUUCGGGUGGGACGGCGUUCAAUGGCGUGGCGGAAGAGCUUCAGAACUUCACCACUCGUGUGGCUCAUGUUCUCCCCGUUUCUGAUGAUGGUGGAAGUACGGCUGAAAUUGUCCGUGUCCUUGGUGGUCCUGCUGUUGGGGACAUACGAUCCAGGUGUCUGAGAUUGUCUAAUCGAAGUACGGCGGAGGCUCUUGCAAUUCGCAGAUUGCUUGGUCAUCGUCUAUCACUUGAUCCACAUCACGCUAAAUCAGAAUGGUACUCUAUUGUGGAGGGUGAUCACUCUCUAUGGAAAGGUGUGUCAAAACCCUACAGGGAGACUAUUCGUGCCUUUCUGGCCUAUUUCCAGAAUCAGAUUAUUCGCCGAUCCGAUGAAUCAUUUUGUUUCAGCAAUGGCAGCAUUGGGAAUUUCUUUUUUGCAGGAGCACGCAUAUUUUUUCAGUCCUUGGAUGCUGCAAUAUUUCUGUUUUCACGUGUAUCAGAGAUUCCUUCUGAUAGCCUGGUCUUACCGGUGAUUUCAACCAAUGAUAGGCUUACAUUAGGAUGUGAAUUAUGGGACGGUACCAUUAUACGGGGACAAAAUGAAAUUUCUCAUCCGACCAGUGGAUCCAUGGAGCCUGUUAAAAAGGAAAACUCUUCAACUCCAGGACUUCCUUCAAGAAUAAAGCGGGUGUUCUACAUGUCAAGUGAAGGGAAAAAUUUGCUUCAUGAGGUCUUUCCUGCUGCUAAUCCUGCUGUGCUAGAGCAGUUGAAUAAUGUGGAUUGCAUUGUCUAUGCUAUGGGUUCCCUUUUUACUUCGAUCUGCCCUUCAUUGGUAUUGCUGGGAAUUGGAGAGAUCAUAUCUUCAAGAUCCUGUCUAAAGGUGCUUAUGUUGAAUGGCUCACGUGACCGGGAGACAAGUGAUUUUUCAGCUUCAUGCUUUGUAACUGCCAUUACGGAUGCUCUCAAUCGAACAUAUGGAGAUCCCUGUAAUCGCUUACAGAACCUGCCUGGACAGUAUAUCAAUACCCUCUUGGUUCCAAGAGACGGUGAAAUUCCAGUUGAUAAAGAAUGUCUGGCUUCCCAAGGAAUACGUGAGGUGAUAGUUGUUGAUUCGAUACGUGAUCCUAAUGUCGGUGUGAUAUAUGACCCCAAAUCAUUGAUACAAGCUCUUGCUGAUCUGAUAGGCAGAUAUAUGAAGUCUCAGGUUACUCUGGGGCAAGCCAAAUCUUUUGCCACGUGACCGUCGAAUCAAGUCUUAAAGUGGUUCACUGUUCCCAAGGUUAGAAAAAGUAUCUGAUAAACAGCAAAUUUUCCAUGGCGCAGCUUCUAUCUUUCUGCUGAUGUUGAAUUAUGGCAGUCUUAAUUUCAGGUGAUUCUCUCUGUUCUCAGUCAAGAGGCUGCUGAUGGCUCUCAAAAAAUGGCUACUGUGAAUUGUAUCUGUUAAUUUGAUCGUUAACUAUUGAAAAAGUGUCUGUUUUACUCUCUGUACAUAUCUAAUAUCUUGUACAUAAUUAUGAGCUUUCGGUUGGUCUUAGUAUUUACCUUUCUUCUUUCUUCUUCCUUGUAUUAUGUUUCCUUUUUCCCAAUUUCUCCCCUGACUUGCAUCCACCGUUGGUUGGCUUGGUACUUUGGGAUCACACAAAGGACUCUCUUUUUUCAACCAUUAUAUCAAUGUUUGAAUGGUUCAAA